AGGAAGAGGAGGGGGGCGGGGAGCAGGGAGGUUGAGCUGCGUUCGCCACCAACAUGCCCUUUGAUUUCAGGAGGCUUGACAUCUACAGGAAGGUGCCAAAAGACCUUACGCAGCCAACCUUUACAGGAGCAAUUAUUUCUGUCUGCUGCUGUUUCUUCAUAUUGUUUCUCUUCCUGUCUGAGCUUACUGGAUUCAUAGCCACUGAAAUCGUUAACGAGCUCUACGUGGAUGAUCCAGACAAAACGAGUGGUGGUAAAAUAGAAGUAAAUUUGAACAUCAGUUUGCCAAAUCUGCACUGUGAAUUGAUUGGUCUGGAUAUCCAAGAUGAAAUGGGAAGACAUGAAGUUGGCCACAUUGACAAUUCGAUGAAAAUUCCUCUGAAUAAUGGGGAUGGGUGCAGAUUCGAGGGCCAGUUUAGCAUCAACAAGGUUCCAGGUAAUUUUCACGUAUCAACACACAGUGCCACUGCACAGCCUCAGAAUCCUGACAUGACACACGUCAUCCACAAACUAGCCUUUGGUGACAAGUUACAGGUCCAGAACAUUCAUGGAGCAUUCAAUGCGUUGGAGGGAGCAGACAAGCUCAGCUCAAACCCCCUUGCAUCCUAUGAUUAUAUAUUGAAAAUUGUUCCCACGGUGUAUGAAGACAUGAGUGGCAAGCAACGGUACUCAUACCAAUAUACUGUAGCCAGUAAGGAGUACGUAGCAUACAGCCAUACAGGCCGCAUCAUUCCAGCCAUCUGGUUUCGCUAUGACCUGAGUCCUAUCACAGUGAAAUACACAGAAAGGCGACAGCCCUUGUACAGGUUCAUCACAACAAUUUGUGCCAUCGUUGGAGGAACCUUCACAGUGGCUGGGAUUCUUGAUUCCUGUAUUUUCACUGCCUCUGAAGCCUGGAAGAAGAUCCAGCUAGGGAAGAUGCAGUAACAAAGCAACUCUCCUCCAGGUCCUGUGAGAAGAAGCAAAGAAUAAAAUCGUCACUGCUAUCCAUUUUUCUCCUUUGUAUCGUUUUCCAUUGGUACAUACCACUUUAAUUAGUUAAUUGAAGACUUUUUAAAAGAGCAAACAAAUCUAGCAAAGCAAUCCUAACAAGGGGCUGGGGAGGUAUGGAGCAGAGGACCCACCCUUACAUCCAAAGAUCUACCAGCCCUGAAACACACCUUUGGGGUUUUCUAUGCCCUACUGCAACCGAAAGUACUGCCAGUGAGAGAUGACCAUCUGCCUGGCAUAGCAUGGGAACUCAGCCAUGGCAGAGCCCCCCCUAGCAACACUCCUCUCUACUGGCAAAAGCCACUGGAGACGAAUCUAUGCAGCAUUCUAGCCCUCUCCCUCUACUCUGCCAGCCAUCAAAAUGUUAGGUUCAGAUUGCACUCUGUGUCUCUUGAAAGAUGGCAGCAUUGACAAGUGUGUGGGGCUUCAUAACACUACAUUCUCUGAAAAUUAUUUUUGUUGUAAAACCAAAUCCUACGGAUCUGACUAGUAUAAUUAUUUUUAAAUUCUCACAGGUGCUGGUCAAGGCAAAAACUAAUUAUGCAAAGUAGAUUUUUUUCCCAAUCAAAAUGGACAAUCAUGUUGUCUCUGACGAAAAUUGUGCAUGAAAAACACUAGCCUGGAUAUUGAGAUCAUUCAGAACAACAGCAAAAUACAGUAGAACAAUCUAUUUCUCUUAAUCUUCUGGGAUGUUCUUUUUAAAAACUGAACAGUGUUAGCAUUUAUAGAUGGCAUAAGGCAGCAGGACAAAAGCAGAAUGAAUGAAUUGAGAACUGCAAUAUGCAGCAGAAGAUGAUUAUCACUACCUAUUGCUGCAUUUUUUUGUUACUUCCUUCUGCCUUUUGAAGCAUUUACUACCCCACCUGCCCAGGUUAGAAUGUCUGGAUUGAAAGAGGAGAGAAUGAGACACUCCAGUAACCUGGCUGGAUGAGCAUCAUUUUGAAAGACACAAAUGCCAAGAACAUAGGACUUGGCCCUUAGUAUGUGGAAUCCAAAUCCUUGUACAUAUUUUUCAAUUGUUUGCUUAUCUUUAAAAUUAUUUUAGAUUGCCAGCAUUUGCCAAGGAGGAUAGGAAUAGCCCUGUGAAAAACGAGAUAAGGUUGCAGCACAGAUGCAUUUCAAUCUUAAGUAUAAAACCAUUGUUUGUGUGUGCCUGCAAUGAUUGGCGGAAAUGCAGAAAUACUGCUAGUACUGUAGUAGUUUUUAAUAUGCUGUUGACAUUGAGAACUACAGCAAGAUCUAUAAUUUCAGUAGACCUCAAAUAGUCCUUUGAUAUAUGAAUCAAGUGAUAAUUAGUUGCAUGCUUUGUACAUUUUAUAUCACCUAGAUAUGAAUGCACAUUGGCUGUGUGUUCUCUAGGUUUUGCUGCACUUCUUAAAAUAAACACUAAGAAUUUCCAUGUUACAAUUUGGGUGAGGGUAUUCCAUGCUGGAAUAAUGUGUGAUCUUUUAAGGGUGACCUUUGAAAAAUGUGGAAGUGUCAAGUCAAUACACUGCGACUGACACAAUUCUGCACAUAUUUACUUGGAAGUAAGUCUAAUUCUAUGGAGUUUACUUCUAGGUAAAAAGAUACAGAAUUACAGCAGGGAUGAUGAACCUUUGACCCUCCAGGUGUUAUUUGGCUACAACUCACAUCAUCCCUGACCACUAGCCAUCUCUUUGGUGGUGGUGGUGGUGGUGGGGAGCCUGACCCAGGUCAUGCCAUUUGGUGGGGGGUGCAUCUGGUAUUGGCAGCCUUGGCUAGCAGCACUGCCACCUGGCCAGCCCUCCUGUCAACCUGCCAAGGCUCUUCACAUCCUCCCUUCCUAGAGGGGAGGCAAGGAGCUGGGAGAGCUUUACCGCUGCUGCUGCUGCUGCUGCUGCUUUCAGUGUGGUGGCACCACCACAACAAAAAGUAAGCCAGGAGAGGGGCUGCCAUGGCCACCAUCACCAGGAAGAGGGAAAGGGGCAAGGUGAGGGCAACGAGGGGCCCCACAUCGUGAUUUGUCACAAGUCCCACACACCCCUAUAGUGGGUUCACCUGGAUGGAGCUGACAAAAGUCCAUCUGGAGUGCCACAGGUUACAUCCCCCCAUCCCUGGGAUUACAGCCUUCAUCUACUCAGUAUGUCUGUUUGAAAAUUUCACUCUGCUAUGGUGUUGGAAAGAUAGCAACUUUUCUCUGAUUGAAAUUCUCACUGAUUCCCCUCCCCCCCCGCAACAGCCCUUCCUUCGCUGAUUUUGAAUCCUUCAUGCUUUUACAAUGUUGAUAAAACAUCUUUAGAAUUCCCCCUAUCUUUCUUACGAAAUGAUUUGUUAUAUUGAUGUAAAACUGGAUCUUGUAACUUCCUGUAUCUUGUUUAAUAUUUGGAUGAAUUUUAUACAUUUUUUCCCCCAUUUGCAAAAAUCAAAUUGAAAAUAAUACACGAGUGUUCA